GCAGCACCUCCAUCCAGGCGCCCAUCCAUCCGUCCAUCCAUCCUCCUAUUCAGGUUACUAUAAUUCACGUUCCCAGCCGGUGGUAUCGCGGUGGAGGUUGUGUAGCGACAAAUCCAAAAAAAAUGUCCAGGGAGACCGAGCAGGUUGUGGAGGAGACGAGCACAGAAGAGCAGCAGGAGAUGCAGGAUAAAGUCGUGAGUCCUGAGAAGGCAGAAGAAGCAAAGCUGAAAGCUAGAUAUCCUCAUCUGGGGGCUAAACCAGGAGGCUCAGACCUGCUGAGGAAAAGACUCCAAAAAGGGCAAAAGUACUUUGACUCCGGAGAUUACAAUAUGGCCAAGGCGAAAAUAAAGAAUAAACAGCUCCCCGCAGCCGCAACGGAGAAAACCGAGAUCACUGGAGAUCACAUCCCGACUCCUCAGGAUCUGCCUCAGAGGAAGACCUCGCUGGUGGCCAGCAAACUGGCUGUUUGAUACAAACUUUUCCUAAGACUUUCCCAUUCCUGAUAUUUUUGAUCUCUGCUUUACCUCCAUUUUAUGUGUAUUUUCUCUCUUUUUUUUGUUUUUUUUGUGCGUCUUGUCUUGAACUUUCUUUGGCCUGUUUUAUUACCACAAAGACAUGCUGUUUUGAUGAAAUGUUGCUGCUGGGCGCCUCCUCGUUGACCUGUUUGUACACGGAAACGACGUUUUGGCUGUAGAAGUAGACCGUAGUUGCAAUUUCUACUCCCAGAUGUGAAUGCACUGGUAUCUGCCUGAAAUAACUGAACAGAAACCUUUUGUUUUGUUUUGUUUUGUUUAGGAUUUUACUAGUUUUACUCACUAGUUCAUGUAUGAUUCAUGUAUGGCCUUUAAGGAUAACGCUGUCAUUUGUUAUAAAGAUUUCCGUAAGAUGACAAGUCUCGCCUGCCUCCUGCCUGUGAUUGGUCAAACUUGCCUUAAUGAUAUCCGAUAUAUUGUCUUUGGGCAAUAUUUGCCCGCUCAAGCCACAAGCUUGUGCUGAUGUCUCUGAUCUUCAGGUUGGGGCAGCUCGCUCAUUUUCUUCCCAUGUUCAUAACAACCACUGACUGUCACAACUCUGCCAUUUUGUUUUUGUUUUUGUUUGUUUUUUUUGUAAAUAAACUAGUUUUGCACAAGAA